AUGGCUGCCCCAGCGCAGAAAAUAGCCAUUGUUGGCGCCGGACCAGUCGGGUCUCUGGCUGCUCUUUAUGCCGCAGAGAGAGGCUACCAGGUUGAGUUGUACGAGUUACGACCAGAUCUGCGCAAUCCCGGCACCAUCCCACUCAACUUCACAAGGUCCAUCAACCUUGCUGUCUCAGAACGCGGCAUCAAUGCUUUGCGUAAUGUUGGCCAUGCCACCAUACUCGAGCAUGUGAUGAGCCACACCGUCGCAAUGAGGGGGCGCAUGAUUCAUGGGAGGCUCCCCAAUGGUGAGCUGUAUGAGCAGUCUCAGGAUUACGACAUCCAAGGAAGAUCUAUCUAUGCCAUAGACAGGUCAGACCUCAACAAGCGUCUCCUGGAUACUCUGGACAGUCUACCAAACGUCAAGUUACUAUUCAACCACAAACUGACUGGUGCUGAUUUCCGUAGCCGGAAGGCUUGGUUUGAAGUCCGCGAUCAAAAGAACCCCGCCAAUGGACGCCCCAGGGAAAUUGAAAUCGACUUUGACCUCAUGAUCGGGGCCGAUGGCGCCCACUCUGCGGUCCGCUACCACUUGAUGAAGUUUACGCGCAUGGACUACCAGCAAGAGUAUAUUGAUACUCUGUGGUGCGAAUUCAACCUAGGGCCGCGCCAGGUUGCCACAGCCUCCCAGAACCCAUCAGACAAGUUCCUGAUAUCUCCAAAUCAUCUGCACAUCUGGCCCGGCAAGGAAUUCAUGUUCAUUGCUAUCCCCAGCGAAGAUGGCUCAUUCACAUGCACGCUCUUCAUGCCUAGCAAGGAGUUUGCCUACCUAGAAAGCGACCCAUCCUCGCUACCAGCUUUCUUCGACCAGCACUUCCCGGGAGUCACAUCCCUGAUACCAGGCAAAGAACUCGUGGAAUCAUUCACAACCAACCCGCACCUGCCACUGAUCAGCGUCAAAUGCCGGCCCUACCACUACGGCGCAUCCGGUGUAGUCAUUGGCGACGCUGCACACGCCAUGGUACCCUUUUAUGGCCAGGGCAUGAACGCAGGCAUGGAGGACGUCCGGAUCUUAUUCUCGAUUCUGGACAAGCACGCCAGUCUCAACGAGAGGAACAGCCCCGUUGGAGACGACGAAAACCCAGCUGUUGGCGCCAGGAUGCAGGCACUGGCCGAGUACUCCUCCGUGCGAGCUGCCGACGCCUACGCCAUCAACGACCUCGCCCUGCAGAACUACGUUGAGAUGCGGGCGUCGGUUCUGUCCUAUCGCUACCGCCUCCGAAAAUUCCUCGAGGAGUCUGUGAGCGUUUAUUUCCCGAGCAUGGGCUGGCAGACCAAGUAUGCCAGGGUCAGCUUCAGCAACGAGGGCUACAGCGAGAUUGUGCGCAGGAGCGAUCACCAGGGCCGGAUCCUCGUGCGAUGCUUCCUGUCACUAGUUGCCAGCCCCUUCAUUGGCACACUUGCGUACUGGGGUUAUAGACACCGGAAAUGCUUCAGGGGCAUCUUUAAGGCGUUGUUCCAACGCCGUUAA